AUGGCAAAUUCUGACACAUUAAAUAUUACAGAAAAUCCAAUAAUUGAUGAGAGUAUUGAAAAAUUUGAAUACCAUGAAUAUUCUCCUAAAAUUGCAAAUUUUGAUAACCCUGGUACUGAAAUAAGUAUAACUAUUAAUGAGGAAAGCUUGUUUACACUUCCAUCUGAAGCUUAUAUUUUGAUUGAAGGAAGACUACUAAAAGCAGAUGGAACAUCUUAUGCUAAUGCAGAUGCUGUAACACUUAUAAACAAUGGUCUUAUGUACUUAUUUACUAGAGCAGAAUAUCAAUUAUCUGGUCAAACUGUAGAAAAUGUUAAUUGUUUAGGUAGAGCAACUACAAUGUUAGGAUUGCUCAAAUAUCCUAAUUACUUUCAAAAUGUUCAAGGUAUGAAUCAAUUAUGGUUUAGAGAUUCAUCAACAACUGCAGCGAUUGCAACAAAUCUAGGAUUUCAAGCAAGACAAUCUUAUUUAAUUCAAGAGCCAAACACAAAAGGAAAAUUUUCCUUUUGUGUACCUCUAAAACAUAUUUUUGGAUUCUGUGAUACUUAUGAUAAAGUUGUUUUUGGAUUAAAACAUACACUUAUUCUAAUUAGAGAAAGUGAUAAUAAUGCAAUUUUUAGAGCUGCAGGUACAGCUGCUGGGCAAGUCAAUCUUACUAAAGUAUCACUUUUUAUGCCACAUGUUAAGCCAUCUCUUGAAUAUGAUUUAAAACUUAAAAACAUAAUUAAAUCAAACAAAACACUUCCAUUAUCUUAUAUUGGAAGGCAAUGUGAAUUAAAAAAUGUUGAUUCAGUUACUGAUUUUAGUUGGACGCUGAAUAUGACAUCAACUAGUACAAAACCUAGAUUUAUUAUUAUCGGAUUCCAAACAAAUAAAAAUAACAGUCAAGAACAAAAUCCUGCAAUAUUUGAUCAUUGUGACAUUAAAGAUAUGUGCAUAAAACUUAAUUCACGAAGUUAUCCUGAAAUUGUUAAUUAUAAUCUAUCAUUUCCAAAUCAACAAUUCUCAAGAGCUUAUAGAGAUGCAACUCUAUUUAAUGAAAAGUUAUAUGGAUUGAAUGAACUUAUUUCACAAUGCAACAUAAAUCCACAAGACUAUAAAAAUUUAUAUCCACUUUUUGUUUUUGAUGUAAGUAAUCAACCAGAAGCUACAAAACCAUCAGUAAUAGAUGUUCAAUUUAACGCAACAUUUAAUACAGCUGUUCCAGCAAAUACUAUGGCAUAUGCAGUUAUAUUGUCUGAUCGAAUAGGACAACUUAGUGCUGAUGGAAGCAAACUUCAAUAUAUAUUUUAG